AUGACAAAGAACGUAGCAUUGAUUGGUGCCACUGGUUACACUGGUGCUGCUAUUCUUACCGAGCUAUUGAGCCGCAAGUAUCACGUGAAAGCUAUAGUCCGUUCACCAGAGAAGGUUAAAGCUCAAGAUAACCUAGAGAUUGUGAAGGUCGAUGUUUUUGAUGAGGAAGCUUUAACAAAGUCCUUGGCUGGUGUUGAUGCGGUGAUUAGCGCUUAUAACUCGGGAUGGACUAAUCCAAACAUUUUUGAGGACUUUGUGAAAGGUUCCCACAACAUCAUCAAUGCUACCAAAAAGGCUGGAAUUAAGAGAUUCCUAGUGGUCGGAGGUGCAGGAAGUUUGUACGUUGCACCUGGUGUGCAAUUGAUCGACACUCCUCAAUUCCCAAAGGCAAUCUACCCUGGUGCUAACGGUGCAAGAGUUUUGUUAGACGAUUUGAAAAAGGAAACUGAACUAGACUGGACCAUGUUAAGUCCACCAAUCGGAUACAGUGCUACAAACCCUGGCACUCGUACUGGGAAGUACCGUAUUGGUACUGACAGUCCAUUGAUGGAUGGUGACAAACCUGGUGCCAUCUCUGCACCUGAUUUGGCAAUUGCCUUGGUUGAUGAAUUGGAAAAGGGAGACUUUAUUAAGGCUCGUUUCACAAUUGCGAACUAG